AGCAGCAUUACGUUGUCGAGGAUGUUCAUAACGUUAGGCUGCUUUUGACUGAGACGUUGCUGCUAAGUGAUGUCUCGACUCGCCAAGAAAUCUCCAUCUCUCUGUACCGAUUUACCUCUGGACAACGCUGAUAUUUGUAACAAGCUUAAUUUUCUGAGGCAGCUCCUGAAAUCUUGUUUUGGUCCGACAGGUAGACUAAAGCAAGUCCACAACAACAUUGAAGGGCACGUAGUUACCACUUCAACCUCCUCCGUUCUCCUUCCAGCCAUUUCCUCCUCACAGCCUUUUAUCAAUCUGAUAAAAACCUCAAUUCUUAACCACGUUUCUCGUUUCAGUGACUGUGGUUUGUUCGCUGCCAUUCUUUGUUUGUCUCUUAUUGAGCAAGCACAACAGUCUGGUCUCAGAGGAAAUGUGGCCAUCAGAGUGAACAAGCACUUGCUGGGUCUGUGCACCACUUACCUACAAGGAGAAGACUGUGGUUGUAAAGUGAAGCUCGACUUCUGCAGCAGCCAGAACUUGAUCACAUUAGCACGCAGUGUUAUCUCUAGCAAACCAACAUGUGUGCUAACAGAGCCAGAGACCCUUUACAUCAGCAAGUUAGCUGUACGAGCUUUUUUGCUGACUGUUCCCUGUAACAGCCCAGGUAUAGUCAGUCUUGGCAAAGUAGUGACUAUGUCUGUUGAAGGCCAUGGUGUGCUAAACUCUGCAGUGUUUCCAGGUUUAUUGCUGGACAUGCCUGAUGUCUUUACUAUCGAUAAAGUAAAGAACCUGCCUUCAGAUGCAUUGCGCAUGGUGCUGUUCAGUGCUUCCCUUGCUGGGGACCUUUCUGAACUAGGAGUUGGGAUAAUCGAGGUGCCUUCAGGUGUAGACACAGACUCACAGAUACUGGAUCAGCUCCUGGAGCUUGGCAAACAGGUGGUUAAAGAUGAGGUGAAGCUCUUCGUGUGCCAGAAGGUCAUUCACCCAGUUCUGCAGCAAUAUCUGAGGAGUCAUGGUAUCAUAGUGAUAGAGAGAGUGGGAAUCACUCUCAUGGAGCCCCUUACUCAGCUCACAGGGGCUCAACCCGUGGCCACAUUGCACACCACCAUCCCAGCAAAGGCCUACGGAGUGGUGAGGGAUCUCAAUAUCAGGACAUUUGGAUCCAAGAAAAUGCUGCAUUUACAUCCUCCUGGAGAGUCUGCAAUCUGCACAAUGAUCCUCUGCCACAGGAAUGAGACCAUGCUGAGUGAGCUGAAAGUGGUGUGCCAGAAAACAGAGCAUGUGCUGAGGCUCACUCUCAGGGAACCAUCUGCUUUACUUGGGGGUGGGUGUACAGAGACCCACUUAGCUGCUUACAUCAGACACAAGAGCAUGACUGAAAUCACAGAGACAGUACCGGCGCUAGGCUGCUCACAGACGGAGUAUCUUCUCGGCGUGGAGGGAUUCUGUCGCUCUCUGGAGGCUGUGGCCACAGUGCUGGAGCACGAUGGUGGGAAUUCUUUAAUGGAUCUCACUCAUGCCCACCACUGGACUCACCCUGCAGAUGUCAUGACAGAACACAUGGGUGAUGGCUUGGGCUCCUGUGGCUGUGGACUGGUGGAAAGUAACCCAAAUCAGAAGUGGACUUAUUUAAACACUAAAGGCCCACAGUUCUCACCUGCACCUCUGUCUAGAAAUGCUACUCUGCAGCCACGUGUGCUUGACUCCUUCACGGCUAAACUCAAUGCGAUGCAAGUUGCUGUAGAAACUGCUAAUCUUGCACUGGAUGUGCGAUAUUUAAUUCAGGAUAUGAACUAGCAUAACAAGUAUUCUAUCCAUUGUGCAACUCUGGUUUUUGUAAAUAUGAAUUGUAAAUAUGAAUUGUGACACUACGUAGAUGUAAGCAUUGCCUUGAGUGAAAAUCUGACUGAAACCAGGCAUCAGCGAGUGGAAAUGUUUUGCAUCAUCUGUGGACUUUUAUAUAUAUUUUUAUCCUACUAAUAUAAAUAAUAAACACUGAUUUCUAUUAUUUUUACAAAAACUGUAAUGAUUGUAGAUUUCCGUAAGAACUCAGCCCCACACGCCCCAUCACAUGUACUCCAACGUUGCCAUCAAGUCCAUUCUCAUCAAUUUCGUAAUCGAUUGUCAGUGUUGUUGUGUUUCCUUUCUUUAAUAUUUAUAUCUCCUGUUUUCAUUACUCCUUGUUUAAAAAAAAAAAAAAAAGGUUCUUUAUUUGCUCCUAUUUUGUCUUGCUGUGUUUAUUUAUGGACCAUUAUACCAAAGCAAAUUACUUGUAUUUCAAAGCUUCAUGUCAAUAAAACUGAUCCUGGUUAGUUU